AUGACAAAACCCUCUGUCCCCACAGUUGUUUGGAUAGCAAACCGAGGUGAUCCUGUUGAUGGAAAAGGUUCAAAGCUUUCGGUUUUGAAAGAUGGCAAGCUUCACCUAACCGAUUCAGCUGGUAGUGUCGUUUGGAAAACUAAAACAGAAGCCUUAACCAUAUCAGAGGCCUCCAAUUUGCAACUACGGCUAAUGAACACAAGCAAUCUUGUGCUUUAUAAUUUCUCUAGUGUUGCUCAAAGCUUUGAUUCGUCUACAGAUAUUCUUCUUCCUCAACAAUUACUAACAUUUGGUACAAGCCUAAUCUCAAAUAGAGGCCAAGGUCUAUAUUCUUCUGGCUACUAUAAGUUCUUUUUCAAUGAAGAUAAUGCACUCCACCUGCUUUUCCAAGGUCCAAAACUUUCAAGUCUCUACUGGCCAGACCCAUCCCUUGAAGAUAUUUCAGAUGCCGGGAUUUGUUUCUACAAUACUAGUAGAGCUGCACUACUAGAUGACACAGGAUAUUUCUGGUCCUCUGAUCAUUUCAAAUUCCAUGCAACAGAUUUUGGUACAGUGACUCAGAGACGAUUAAAGCUUGACGCUGAUGGCAAUCUUCCAUUAUACAGUUUGCAAGAGAAGGAUGGGAGUUGGGAUUGGAUUGUAACAUGGCAAGCCAUCUCUGAUCCAUGCAGGAUUCAUGGCGUCUGUGGACCUAAUGGUGUGUGUACUUAUGAUCAUGUCUCUGGCCGAAGAUGCUUUUGCUUGCAAGGCUUCAAGAUGAAAGAUCAUAGUGAUUGGUCAUCUGGGUGCGAACCAGAAUUUAAUAUCUCUUGCGACCAUGGAGAUAAGACUACUUUUGUCCAACUUGCUCAUGUUGAGUACUAUGGCUCAGAUAUAGACUUCUUACAGAAUCUUACCUUCCAGGACUGUCAAGAAGAAUGCCUAAAUAGGUGCAAUUGCAAAGGGUUUCAAUAUAGAUUUAGCAUGGAAGAUGGUGGCUAUAACUGUUAUCCCAAGUCUCGGCUGCUAAAUGGACGCCGUUCACCAAAUUUUGAUGGAGAUCUUUAUUUGAGAGUACCCAAAGCUAGUAUUUCCAAUCACAAGGUGCUUGAUGAAGAAUUUAGAUUGCAGUGUUCGAGCAUUGUUUCUAAGCAAGAAAGAAGCACAUAUGAAAAUAAGACGGUAAAGCUUUUGCUUUGAUUCGCCACAGCAGUGGGAGGAGUGGAGUUGAGUUGUAUUGUCCUGAUCUGGUUUUUCUUGUUAAAAACAAGCAAACGUCCAGCCUCCACUGCACAAGGAUACCUAGGCCUAACAGCUAAAUUCAAACGAUUCACCUUUAAUGAGCUAAGAAAAGCAAUGCAAGGAUUCAAAGAAGUGAUUGGACAAGGAGCAGGAGGGAUAGUAUACAAAGGUGUUUUGUCUGAUCAACGAGUAGCAGCAAUCAAGCGACUCAACGAAGCUAACCAAGGAGAAGCAGAGUUCCUUGCAGAAGUAAACACCAUUGGGAUGUUGAACCACAUGUACUUGAUAGAGAUGUGGGGAUAUUGUGUAGAGGGAAAGCAUAAGCUCUUGGUGUAUGAAUACAUGGAGCAUGGAUCUUUAGCUGAAAAUCUUAGUUCUAAUUCACUUGAUUGGAAGAAAAGGUUUGAAAUUGCAGUGGGUGCUGCUAAAGGCCUAGCUUAUUUGCAUGAAGAAUGCUUAGAGUGGGUUUUACAUUGUGAUGUAAAGCCUCAGAAUAUACUCCUAAAUGCUGACUAUCAACCAAAAGUAGCAAAUUUUGGUUUGUCUAAACUACAAAGUAGAAGUGAGAUUGAUCAUUCAAGCUUCUCAAGAAUGAGAGAAACCAGAGGUUAUAUGGCUCCUGAGUGGGUCUACAAUCUUCCCAUCACUUCUAAAGUUGAUGUGUAUAGUUAUGGAAUUGUGCUGUUGGAAAUGGUAACUGGAAAAAGCCCAAAUGUCAUGCAUACUACAGACAAUGGAGAAAUAAGAGAGCAUAAAAGGUUGGUCAUGUUGGUAAGGGAGAAUGUUAACAUUGGAACAACUACAAAGAAGUCAUGGAUUGAAGAAAUUAUAGAUCCCAUGUUGACUAACAAUUAUGACAAGGCUAAGAUGGAACUUCUAGUCAAAGUGGCUUUGCAAUGUGUUGCAGAAGAUAAGGAUGAAAGACCCACCAUGACUCAGGUGGUAGAGAUGCUUAUGAGCCAUGAGGAUUAAGAUUGUUGGGAAAGUAGUUUAGAAAUUUUAUGUAAUAGAAAAUACUUUUAACUUUUUCAAUGUAUUUUUCUUUUUCUUUUUUUGUGAAAAUAUAGAUAUGAGUGGAGUAAUAAAUGUAUUUAUCCAUCCUUCCUUAAUCCUCAUUGCACUACAGAUUUUUUUA